AGAUCGUAGUCCUUCACAGUUUUUCUCAUCUUUUUAACAACGCAAAGAGAUCACAUAGCAUUUUUCUCCAGGUUGAAUCUUUCGCGCCACUUCUCAGACAUGCAUUCCUGAUGGGUCCUGAAACAAGUUUUUCUUUCAGUGAAGUUCCGCUGCAAUGCAGAAAAACAAGCGAGCAAAGUUGGAAAAAUAUGAGAAAACCAGGCACUCAUUUGAUUCAAAGAGGGAACAAAUUAUCCGUGAAUUAAGCAAAAGCGCUGAGACGUCUCAAAUAACAAGCAAACGCAUCUCUGCAUUCCCCGUAACGUUUGUAGAGACAGACCAAAAUUACUUUAGUGACAACCACGACAGGCAACGCCUGACUCAAAAGAACGAGUUACGAGAAGAAAUCAAUGAGACUUUGACCAACGUUUCUGCUUUUACAGACAAACACAACGGCAACUUUUCUAACCAAGACUCGGAGGGUUCUGAAGAUCCAAACGAGAGCGUUUCUGAAGAUAAAAAAAACACCUUGGAAAAAGUUGACCAAGAAGAUUUGCCACAAGACAUAUUUGAUGAUACUUUACUUGACGAAGAACUAGUUAGAUUCUUUUGAUAUAACGUCCUUCGGAGCAGUACAAAAGCUUACUGAGCCCAACAUAUCCACAAAGGCAAUUAAAAGUAUCACUAAUUUC